CCCGGGCGCUGGGUUAGAAAAAGCCAGGCUAAGCCGGGACCCAGACCCGGGAUCUGGCGUUGCCAUGGCUUCCGGCGAGCGGCCCGCGCCGGAGACGUCCGCCUCGGAGAUAAGAUCCAUCCGGCGUCCAGGUGAGAGUCCGGACGAAAGUCUGGGCGAAACAGUCCUUCGCUGUCUUCUCCCGCCGCCUCCGUGGAACGUCUCUCUCCCCGAGGCGAUCCGGAGAAGUUUCCCGGAGGCUUGCCUGCGCGGAGCGGUCAGUCUCCCGGAGCCGUCGUGGACCAGACCCAUGCGGGGGGCAAUGCGGCCUCGGCCAGCUGCGCGCCCCGCCCCCGGCGCCACUCUGGGGCCACCGCCCCCGCCGCCCCCAGUUCCCAGCCGGCCCGGGCUGGUGCCGAGCGAGUGGGGAGGCGUCCUGGACGAGCUGCAGCUGGAUGCCCACCUGACCCAGGCCCAGGGCCGCGAGGCGCGCCUGUGGCUGGGGGGCCGACUCCAGCAGGUGGAGAUUUGCGAAGCUUUCCAGGAAGUCGUGUUGGGGCUCCUGAGAGUUGAGAACAUCUUUGACUUCUCCCAGACCACUUUUAACCUGGCUCUCACUAUCUUCAGACGCCUCAUAGUUUCAGUAAAGAUAAAAAAGUGUUUACUCCAUUGUGUUACAAUUACUUCCUUGAGACUUGCUGCAAAAGUUAAUGAAGAAGAGGAGUUAAUUCCACGCAUAAAAGACUUCAUAAAGCACUACGGCUCUGGCUAUUCCCCGAAUGAGCUGCUGAGGAUGGAGCUGGCUAUUUUGGACAAACUUCACUGGGACCUCUACAGUGGGACACCGCUGGACUUCUUGACCAUAUUCCACGCCCUGGUGGUCCUGGGCUGGCCCCACGUGAAGGAGCUGCUGCCUCAGAGGAAUCCUUCCCUCCACGUCGCGUCCCUGACCAGGCAGCUGCAGCACUGUAUGGCGGGCCACCAGCUGCUGCAGUUCAAGGGCUCCACACUGGCCUUGGUCAUCAUCACCUUAGAGUUGGAGAGGCUCAUGCCCGACUGCUGUACUCCUAUAUCUGAUCUGCUAAAGAAAGCACAGGUAGACAUCAACUUUGCCCCAGACCAGGCUCUCAGUUUUGCCCCUUCAGCUAAUGCACUCUGCCCCCAAAAGGGUACCUGUGGCCCUUCCUGGCCCUUGUGGGCUCCAGAAGAUGCUCUGGCCAUGAUGACUCUGAAGAGUCUUCCUAAGGGCUAGGCUUUCCACACAUGGCAUAUCCUCUGGACUUGAGUAUUAGAUACACAUUCCCUUCACCAGAGUGGGUUUCUCUGACAGACAGUGAAGCUUUAUCUCAGUAGCAGCCCUUGUAGUCAAGAGGAUGUGGGGACAUGUCUAGCUCAGGAGGAAGCAAACCUGAGCUUAGUAUUGGGGAGUGUAAAUUUCAGACCCCUCACCCUCUAUAUGGUACCAGGCACCAGGAUACCCUGAGUAGGCACUGGGAGGUCAGAAUCACUCAGGAUGGACAGGGUAAGGUGGAAUGCAGUUAGAAUAAUGACAGUUUUUGCUGAGGUUGAAGAUGGGUGUUCCUGAGAUGGUGGGGUUAAUGUUCUUAAGUUGGGUGGUUGGACCUUCCUGAAAUUGCUCUGUGCUAAUAUUUCGGCACUGAAUUGCUCAUUCUUUAGAACGUAAAAUGAUUCUGCCUCAAAGAUGACCACUCUGUUUUAAUUACAGGUCGGUAUUAGGCAGUGGAACCACUGCAAAGAACUUGUAAAGCAGCAGCUGACAAGUUUUUAGUCAUCCUCCCGCACAGACAACUAUCUGGUUCACCUGCCAGCCUCUGUGCCCCUAUCCCGGUGCCCUUUAGAGCAUAAUGGCAAUCCCUCCUUGCUUGGACUCCUCUAUAUUGUAGGCUUUAUGGAUCCUAUAACAAGAAAGGAAGAAGGCCCUGAAAGAGCAACUGAGAAAACAUUCCUGUCUGUCUUCAGAAAAAAAUAAGGGGGCAUAAAAGACAGGUCAGGGUCCCUAAAGGGAAGGGCAAUCUGACAAACUGAACCCCUGCCUCCCUCUGAACCCUGGGCCCGAGACCAGGGAGAAGGAGUAAAUGCUCAUACUGCAGCUUGCUUUUUCUUCCUUCUCCAGCAAGGGCUGUGUCAGCCCCUAAGGCAGCUGGACCAUGAGGCCAGAGGCAGGCCUUGCUCAGGGCCGAAGGGCUGGGCUGGUGCUGACAGACAAGUUCUUGCUGCUCCACCUGCCAGAGCUGGCCAGGUCCUUCCAGCUUCCCAGGCUUGUACCAAGAACAUGUGCAGGUUUCAAGUCCCAAGUACUCUGCCCACCCCUGCAGAAAUGGGAUAGUCUCUCCAGAUAGAUUUACCUUGACUUGGCCAGGAUUUAAGUCUUUUCUUCAUAAGGACUCAAUUUAUAAAGUAUGCUUUAUUUAAUGUAUAGCAACUUGAUCAAGCUUUAGGCAUAUUUCUCCUUUGUUACUCUUAAGCAAAGUAGUUUAUUAGCUUAACUAGAGGGAUUCUUGUGUUAAAGCAGAACACUUCAAGGUGACCCUUGUGAUGGGGAGAGACAGCUCCCAGAGCUUUUGGGUGAGGUGAGCAGGUGCUGAGGCUGAGGCUGCCUCCACCACUGCCAGGAGGAGGGAGAGAUCACUAGCGUGGCUGAGGGAGGUGACACUAUAGAGCCAUUCUCUAGGCAGUGGAGUCCAGCUGGCAGUGAUGCCCACUGGGGCUGUGUAAGUAGUGUUGGGGCUAUGAAUGACUGAGCCACACAUGUAGAGGUAAUUUGUGAAGUCCUUCCACUGUGAACAGUUUUGUGUAAACGUGCUAAGCUAUGCGGAGUGUGAUCUGCUACCAGCUGCAAAAUAGCCGAGGACCAGAUAUACUAUAAUAGUGUCUGUACUGCAGUCAGCACAAAUCUCUACCUUUUGUUGAAACAAAUUUGCUUGUUGGAGCUUUUGUUAAAAUACACUUUAAU